GAAUACUAGGGACCUAAGAUUGGGCUUCGAUCUCUAGUAUUCUCAGACCAAAUCUUAGAUGGCAGAAGCAAAGAGGCAAAGGAAGAAACGAAGAAGCAAAUGAAGGAAGCGCAAUUGAAAAGACGAAGGUCUGGGAGUUUCUUUCGUGGUGCGGCAAAGACUUCUAGGAUUGAUGAUAAAAAUGCAUUGUCGGCUGAAGAUGAUGGAGAUGGAGCUACUGCAGGAGAGCAACAGGCGAUUACCAUGUCACGCGGUGUGUCUGGCGACAGAGCAGGGAGGCUUAGCGAAAACAGUGGUACUGUAGGUUCCGGCCGACUUGCUUUAUCUGCUUUACACAAGCCUUUCCAUUCUACAUCCGCUCAAGUGGAUUUUGCAUUCUUUGCAUUUGUCUUGUCCAGUCCGCUUUUCUAUGUGGACAUUUGAGGCUGUGGCGUGACGUCAAGAAGGGUUUGCACGGAGGUAACGGGAUGCGCCGCGCGUGGUUGCAAGGUGGGAAUUGGUAUAACCGAUUCGCGGAGAUUCAGAUUGAAUACCAUAUGCAAGUCGAGGAUGGGCCAGCAGCAGGUCGUAAUCGGAUCAUGAACGCAUACGGAAGGCCGGUUCUGCCAAUCAAAUUUUAGCAGGUCCAGGUUUUUCUUAGUAAGCUGAAACUGUCGUUUUGUAGUUGUUCUAUAAACCAUUCCAACACUCGUGAUGCUGAUGCCUUUAACGCAAGCAGUAUGAUUUUUUGCUUUUGGAUUGCUUUGAAGUGUCAAGCACGCAUUUUUUUAUGACUAUGUAUGAUACUGGCCUCUCCAAAAGACGUGGGAGGACAUGAUGAAUUUCGCUGCAC